CGUUCUGCACUUUCAAUAGGACUGUAGGCGACAGCAACAUCAUCAGAUGCGUUGCAGAUAAAGUCCGCAUCACCAAUUCAUUUGAUUUUCGCCUUUAUCUCCGGUGACUGUUUCGUCCAUGAGUUACAAACAUGCCUGAAGCUAUUGCAAUGCCCCAGAAGCGGGUUUUGGGCGACGCAACGAAAAACGCGCGCAAUGUCGUUAUCAAUUCUCCAAACACGGUCAAAAAGCGAAAGCUGGAUACUAAUCAGCCGGUAAAUAUCAAUAACCCGACGCGAAAUGGCGUCCCGAAGACGUUCGGCUCCAGUCAGCCACAGAAAAGCCAGUUCGAGGAGGAGGUAUUGGAGAAGUUGACGCAGGACAUCAACGGUUUGAAGCGGAACAACUCGGAGAAAGAUCAACAGUGGGAGCGUCCUGCGCUUGUUAAUUUUGAUGCGGCCAAGGAUGAUCUCUGUUUUCAGCAAAUCGAUGCAGAGGAAGGGACAUUGUUUGGGGGAAAGACCACUGUCAAACUGUUUGGUGUCACAGAGCAAGGUCAUUCGGUUCUUCUCCAUGUUACAGGGUUCCAACAUUACCUGUAUAUCGCCGCCCCUGUGUCGUUUCAGAAAUCGGACUGCGAAGGUUUCAAAGCAUACCUGGAGACAAGAGUGGCUCAAUACCAGCCCGUUAUUCAAUCUGUCGAGAUGGUCAUGAGGGAAAACAUAUAUGGGUGGCAGGGUAAUCGGAAAAGCCCUUAUCUGAAGAUCACCGUGACGGAACCGAAGUUCAUCAGCAGACUACGGUCCACCCUGGAGAGCAAGGACCAAAGUAUCAACUAUAAGGGCUUGUUCAACCCCAUCGAAAACCGGAUCCUUACAUUUGACAACAUUCAAUAUGUUCUAAGAUUCAUGAUCGAUACCGGAAUCUCGGGGAUGUCGUGGGUAGAGGCGAAAGCUGGCAAAUAUCGUCUUCUGGCUGACAGAGAGAAACAAUCAAACUGCCAAAUUGAAGCAGCCGUUGAUUACCGUGAACUCAUUGCGCAUUCCCAUGAUGGGGAGUGGGCCAAGAUGGCACCGCUGCGCAUCCUUUCCUUCGAUAUCGAGUGUGCUGGCAGAAAGGGCAUCUUCCCGGAACCAAGCCAAGAUCCUGUCAUCCAGAUUGCCAAUGUUGUGACCCGGUACGGAGAGUCGAAACCUUUCGUUCGAAAUGUCUUCGUCCUGGACACCUGCAGUUUGAUUGUCAACACUCAGAUUCUGGAAUUUGAUAAGGAGGAGAGAAUGCUGAUGGCUUGGCGAGAGUUCCUGGAGAAAGUCGACCCUGAUGUCAUCAUCGGAUAUAACAUCGCAAAUUUCGAUUUUCCGUAUCUAUUGGACAGAGCGAAACAUCUCAAGUGUGGAGGCUUUCCCUACUUUACGAGAAUGAAAGGAAUGCAGUCACAGGCCAGGGAUACCAACUUCUCUAGCAAGCAAAUGGGAAACCGAGAUACGAAGUCCACAAACACCAACGGAAGAAUCCAGCUUGAUCUUCUCCAGCUGGUCCAACGCGAUUAUCACCUUCGCAGCUAUACCCUAAAUUCGGUCUGUGCGGAGUUCCUAGGGGAACAGAAGGAGGAUGUCCAUCACACCAUGAUCACGGAGUUGUUCAAUGGAACACCGGACUCGAGACGGCGUCUUGCUGUCUACUGUCUGAAGGAUGCGUACCUGCCGCAGCGUCUGAUGGACAAAUUGAUGUGUCUCGUCAACUAUACAGAAAUGGCAAGAGUUACAGGAGUCCCCUUCAAUUAUCUUCUAUCUCGCGGUCAGCAGGUCAAGUUUAUCAGCCAACUGUUCCGCAAGGCUCUGGAGCAGCAGCUGGUUAUUCCGAACCUGGAUAAACAAGGCGAGCAGGACUACGAAGGAGCCACAGUCAUCGAGCCUAUUCGAGGCUACUACCCUGUGCCCAUUGCGACGCUGGAUUUCGCCUCUCUGUACCCAUCUAUCAUCCAAGCGCACAACCUCUGCUACACCACCCUUCUCGAUAAGAAGAUCGUCGAAAGCAGAAACUUGAAGAAAGACGAGGAUUAUAUUGUCACUCCAAACGGUGACAUGUUCUGUACUCCUAAGAUCCGCAAAGGCCUGCUCACCCAGAUUUUGGAAGAAUUGUUGAGUGCGAGAAAACGCGCCAAAAAGGAGCUGGCGGUUGAAACCGAUCCGUUCAAGAAAGCUGUGCUUAACGGAAGACAACUUGCACUUAAGGUCAGUGCUAACAGUGUCUACGGUAUCACGGGUGCCACUGUCGGGAAACUCCCUUGUCUGGCCAUUGCCAGUAGCACGACUAGUUAUGGUCGUCAGAUGAUUGAAAAAACGAAAGAGGAAGUUGAAAAGAGAUAUACGAUAGCGAAUGGCUAUAGCCAUGACGCAAAGGUUAUAUACGGUGAUACCGACUCUGUCAUGGUGAAGUUUGGGGUCAAGGAACUCGAAGAGGCCAUGAAACUUGGCCAGGAGGCAGCAGAUUAUGUGUCCUCCAAAUUCAUCAAGCCUAUCAAGCUCGAGUUCGAAAAGGUUUAUUUCCCAUACUUGCUCAUAAACAAGAAGCGAUACGCAGGGCUCUACUGGACCAAUCCCAAGAAGUAUGACAAGAUGGACAGUAAAGGUAUCGAAACUGUCCGACGAGACAACUGCCGACUCGUGCAGAACGUCAUCGAGACUGUCCUCCACAAGAUCCUAAUCGACCGAGAUGUUGACGGUGCACAAGAAUAUGUGAAGAACACAAUUUCAGACCUUCUUCAGAACAAGGUUGAUAUGUCCAAGCUUGUGAUUACGAAAGCCCUAUCGAAGGAAGACUACAGUGCGAAACAAGCACACGUAGAGCUUGCAGAACGCAUGAGAAAGCGUGAUGCUGGUUCUGCGCCGACGCUCGGUGACCGAGUCGCAUACGUGAUCAUCAAAGCUGCCGGUGGCUCUAAGAACUACGAGAAGUCCGAGGACCCAAUCUACGUGCUCGAAAAUAACCUUCCCAUUGACACGAAAUACUACCUCGAUAACCAGCUGGCUAACCCGCUCGGUCGUAUUUUCGAACCUAUCCUGGGUGAAAAGAAGGCUAGUCAGCUCCUGACGGGUGAACACACGCGUUCUAUCUCCGUGGCAGCCCCUACUCUUGGUGGUUUGAUGAAAUUCGCCAAGAAGACGCAGACUUGCAUGGGCUGCAAGAAGCCCCUUGUAAAUAAAGACGAGAUGAACGGCGCUGUUUGUUCGGACUGCCGUCCACGUCUUGGCGAGUUGUAUACCAAGACAAUGAAUAAAGUGUCGGAUCUCGAAGUACGGUUUGGACGCUUAUGGACGCAAUGCCAGCGAUGUCAAGGAAGCUUGCACUGCGAGGUUAUUUGCUCUUCCAGGGACUGUCCUAUUUUCUACAUGCGGAUGAAGGCCAAGAAGGACGUUGAAGACGCGGAGAAAGAACUCGCACGAUUCGACCACGAUCCUGGUGCUUGGUGAUUAUGAUGAUAUGCUGCAUGCUACUGGCUCACUUGUUCAUUAUAUCAGUUUCUUGGGAGGCGCUUUUAACUUGGGGUCUUUGAAUAUGAUUUGAUUCCUCGUUUGAAGUAUCCAGUCUCUUUGUCCGGCAUAGAUUCUUGACUGGAAAACCCGGCUGAGUCCUGUAUUACGGUCCACAUGACGGUUGUCACCGUAGUGUAAGCACAGCUGUAAGAUGAUCCUGGAAUAGUGAAUAAGAACCAAUUCACCAGUCUCAAAGGUCAUUG